GAGGAUUUUCCCCCUGGCGGCAUUUUGGGCGGCGGUGCAACUUCUGGGCGUCCGGCAAGGCUGCUCCUCGGCCCCGCUCCGGGCAGGUGGGGCUGCUCCUGCUCUCCCUCGGCCGGCCAGGAGGAAGGUGGCACCAGGAAAAGUGGACAAAGUUUCAGUUGUUAGAUUUUCUGCGUUUAGAAAGCCCUGCAACUGAGAAGGCGCCACAAAUUAUGCUGGCUGGAGAAAUACUUUGAUAGGAGGUCACCUCAGAGGAACUGGGAGAGACUCUUCAAGUGCUCUGAGGGCGGGAUAUCUUUUGCUCACAAAUCCCUCCUUUUGAUUAACCGGACGCUGGACAUAGGGAAUGGAUCCCAUCGGUGUUUGAAGUGUGAAAACUCGUUUUGUGGUUGUGAAGCUUUGCCAAACAUCUCCAGAGCCACCCCAGACUGAAGCCCUACAAAUGUGGAGAGUGUGGGAAGCAUUUUGCUAAAGGCUGGGACCUCGGAGCUCCUUAGCGUAUCCACCAGGGAAAGAGACCUCAGGAAGGCCUCAGUGUUUUUCCAGGCCUCAGAACAGCCCAACUGAAGAGAAACCCUGCAAUUGUGUGCAAUGUGGGCUUUGCUUUUCUCAAACCUCAGAGAUGCUUAAACUUCAACAAAUCCACACUGGACAAAAACCUUAUCAAUGUCUGGAGUGUGGGAAAUCUUUUGUUCGAAAAACAAGUCUCAAAAUCCAUGGGAAAAUUCACAUGGAAAUAAAACCUUAUAAAUGCUUAGAGUGUGGAAAACGUUUCACUCGAAGUUCAUCUCUUUGCAAACAUACUAAAACACACACAGAGGAGGAAAGCAGAACGUGUCUGGAAUGUGGGAAAUGUUUUUCCAGCAAAUCAUCCCUGCAACGACAUCAGAAAGUCCACACUGGGAAAAGACCCCAUGAAUGCCGAAAAUGUGAGAAACGAUUUGAGACUUCUUCCACACUUCGGAGACACCUAAAGACGCACAUGGGAGAAAAACUCUAUAAAUGUGAGGUUUGUGAGAAAUGCUUUUCUCUAAAGGGAAGUUUUUUUCGACAUCAGAUAAUCCACACAGGGGAGAAACCCUAUCACUGCAUCGAGUGUGGAAAAUUUUUUAGUACGAUAUCAAGCCUCGGACAUCAUAAGAAAAUUCACAGAGGGGAAAAAAAAUACAAAUGUUUAGACUGUGGGAAAGCAUUUAUUCAUUCAGCUCAUCUUAGAAGUCACUGGCAAGUCCAUAUAGGAGAGAAGCCCCAUAAAUGCUCAGAGUGCGAUAAAUGUUUUUCUAAGAAAAAUAGACUUUUGAUACAUCAGAGGACCCACAGUGGAGAGAAACCAUAUAAAUGUCCGGAGUGUGGGAAGUCUUUUCCUUGCCAAGAAUAUCUUAAAAAACACCAGACGAUUCACACAGAAAAAAAACGUAUCAGGUCUAAACAGAAAAAUGAAAUGUGCUCAGAAUGUGGGAGAUGUUUUUCCCAAAGGUCACACCUAAUUCGACAUGAGAGACUUCACACCGGAGACAGGCCCUAUCAAUGCCCAGAAUGCGACAAGCGAUUUGUGGAGUCUUCUGAACUCCGGAGACACCAGAGGGGGCACACAGGAGAGAAGCCCUACAAAUGUGGGGAGUGUGCGAAAGGUUUUCUCACAGCAACACUGCUUCGGGUUCAUGGGAGAAUCCACACUGGAGAGAAACCGUAUAAAUGUGUGGAGUGUGGGAAAUGCUUUUCCCAAAAACAACACCUUGGAAGUCAUCAAAAGGUCCAUAAAAGAGUGAGGCCAUAAAGACUUGUAAAGUGUAGAAAUGUUUUGCUUAAAAGGGAAAUAUCAGAAAACUCACAUGGGAAAAGGCCUAACAGGCCCUGAUGGUGGAACAGUUUUUCAUAGUUGUUCACCCUUAGAAGUCAUGUAAGAGUUCCUAAAGGGGGGGGGGGGAGAGAUUGGAAACCCUGAGAUCAUGAGAGCAUUUUUUUUUUGUCAAUCAUCCCUUAAAAACCAUACUCUAAUCCAUAUAGGAAAGAUGCAGCAUAAAUGUUUGGAGUGUGAUGUAUGUUUUGCCUGAAAAAAUACUCUUUUUCAGCAUCAGUGAAUUCUUACUGGAGAGAAACUUUUAUGAGGGCUUAGGAUGUGGCCAAGGUUUUCAUCUGACAAUCAGGUCUUCAGAUGCCCUUGAAAAACCCACACAGGAGAAAAACCUUAAUACGUGUGUAGUGUGAGAAAACCUUUCCUUCCCAAUUGGAACAUCUUGCCUCCUGGAGUUUGUCCCUUUGAAAUUGCCUCUUUGAAAAUUUUCUUGCCAACUUAAAAUUUUUAUAAUUUUUUAAAACUUUUCAUUUUCAGAAGUGAAUAUGAAAGUCUAAUGUGAGUGUGAAAAUCUAAAAUCUAAUGUGAAAUCCUCCGGAAUCAAAAAAGUGGCUUCCGGCUAAGAUCUUGGAAGCCACCAAAAGUCUCUUGUGAGUUGGGCAGGAUUAAUACAUCCAGGAAAUAUAUACAGGCAGUCCUCAACUUAUUUUACGACCUCUUUUCCCACAGUUGCUGAGUGAAUCACUGCAGUUGAUGAGUGAAUCACGCGGGUGUUAAGUGAAUCUGGCUUCCCCCAUUGACUUUGCUUGUCAGAAAGAAGGCUGCAAAAGGGGAUCACGUGACCCUGGGACACA